ACGGGGGACUUCAACCGCCUCCAUCAAGCCGUCUCAGGGAUUUAUUUAGUAGGCCUACUAUCGUUUUUAUUUAUUUAGGACUAUAGUAUUCAUUUAGUAUUACAGCAUAUAUUUAUAUCCAUCAAGCCGUCUCGAAAAUGUAUUCAGUAGCCUACUAUAUUAUUUAUUUAGUAGGCCUACUAUUAGUAUUUAUUUAUCACACUACGACGACGACAACAACUGCUUGACGCACAGUGGAGAAAGUUAUGGAAGGAGAAGGAGGAGGAGAAGGAGAAGAAGAAGCAGAAGACGCGGUGGUGCUUUCCUCGCGGCUGUCGCGGGGUCGGAGGCAGCAGGUCGACGUACGGCUGACUCGGAGGGUUUUGACGUGGAAGGACGUGAAGAAAACCACAAAGUGCGGCAACGUUGGCUUCGGUCACUUCUCCGGAACCGCGGCGUGCCACCGCGUCCAGGUGUGUGAGAUUGUGGCGGUCCAGGAUGGGGACAGCACCCACCCCAUCACCGAGCCCGCGGAGGGCGAGGCGGUUGCCAAGCAACACAAGAAGCCCCACCCCCACUCCUUCACAGUGUGCUACGUCAGGCGGUCGGCGCAGCACCGCUGGCUGAGCCGGGACGUCACCUUCUGCUGCAGCCACCAGGGCCUUCAGCAGCAGUGGAUCACAGCCGUCCAGCAGAACCUGAACUUGCUCAGCAAUCGACCACGCAGCCUGUUGGUGUUCAUCAACCCCCACGGGGGCCGGCAGCUCGCCGUGUGGAUUUACGACCGCAAAGUGGCGCCGCUGUUAGCCCGCGCCGGCGUCUCCGCCGAUGUCAUCAUUACGGAGCGCGCCAAUCACGCCCGCGACCACUUGAGAGAGCAGCGCGGCAAUCUGGACAAGUACGACGGGGUGGUGUGCGUGGGGGGAGACGGGAUGUUCAGUGAGGUCCUUCACGGCCUGGUCUCCGGGACCCAGGCGAACCACGGCGUGGACCAGGACCUCCCCGACGCCCGCCUGGUGCCGUGCUCUCUGCGAAUCGGCAUCAUCCCCGCAGGCUCCACCGACUGCGUCUGCUACAGCACCACGGGCACCAACGACCCCGUGACCUCCGCCCUGCACAUCAUCCUGGGAGACUCCCAGCCCAUGGACGUGUGCUCCGUCCACAGCGACGCCGCCUUCCCGAGAUACUCCGUCUCCCUGCUCGGCUACGGUUUCUAUGGCGACGUGCUGGCCAACAGCGAGAGGAACCGAUGGAUGGGCCCGCUGAGAUACGACCUGGCAGGGGUGAGAACCUUCCUGAGCCAUCAAUACUAUGAGGGAAGCGUCUGGUUUGUUCCGGCCCCAGAGACACAGCGACUGCCCGGGGUGCGGGAGCAAUGCGUGGCUCGGUGUCACGUGUGCCAGCAGGGGUCCUGCUCAGAGAAGAUGGAACUAAAACAUUUAUCAGACGAUGAGGACAAGUUUAUCAAAGGAAGUGGCGGUGAGUGGCGCGUGGUGCAGGGGAAGUUCCUGGCGAUCAACAUGGCCACCAUGAGCUGCGCCUGCCCCAGGAGCCCUCAGGGCCUGUCCCCCUCCGCCCACCUGGCCGACGGCACCGCCGACCUCAUCCUGGUCCGUGGGUGCUCGCGCUUCGGCUUCUUCCGCCACCUCCUCCGCCACACCAAUGCAGACGACCAGUUCGACCACUCCUUCGUGGAGGUCCACCGCGUCAGGAGGUUCCGCUUCCAGCCCAAGAACCAGCAGCUCUGCGUGGCCCCCGAGGAACCGAGUGGCGCGGAGAAGGGGACGAAGACCCAUACCUUCAGCCCCAUCUGCCGCGCCGGGGACGAGGUCCCGGCCCAGAGCAUCUGGACGUGUGACGGCGAGAUGCUGCCCCACGCCGCCAUCCAAGUCAGAGUCCAGGGCAAGUUGAUUCGACUAUUUGCCCGAGGAAUUGAGCACCAGUAGCAGAUGUGUCUGUCUGUCUGUCUGUCUGUCUGUCUGUCUGUCUGUCUGUCUGUCUGUCUGUCUGUCUGUCUGUGUCUGUCUGUGUCUGUCUGUGUGUGUCUGUCUGUGUCUGUCUGUGUCUGUCUGUCAGCAGGACUGAUCCAGGGGUCCAGACUGAAACAAACUGAGCCUGAAGAUGAACUGUGAACUGGGUUUAAUUAAUCAAUAUUGCCGUCAGCUGGGCUGAGUUAUGUUCUUAAAAUGUGCCCGUGAAUGUGAGCUUUAGUAUCUACAUCAUACAAUUAGAGUUGUUCCGAUACCGAUACCAGUAUCGGAAAUUCCUCCGACACUGAAAACGUUUCUUUGUUCAAUAUACGUGGUCCGUUUUGUUGUGCCUUGCCUUUGCCUUUUUGGUUAGGUUCGAUGUGUUUAUAUUGAUAAUGUUAGUUAUCAUUUCCAUUUGCAUUAAGGUGUGGAGAUUUAUUGACCUGUACAGAAUCACCCAAUUUCAACUCUAUUGGAAAAUCCUUCCAUCAGUAAUAAUGAUCGAUGAGAAAAGAGGUGGCUGAAUUCUUUACUGUUACAAUCACUACAUUUGAACUAUGACCUCAAUGGCUGAGAAAAUGCUCUUAAUAUCGUAACCUUUAGGCCUGCUUGCAUGCCUGCUUGUUUCUCCGAUACCUACUUUACUACCCAUGAGCCUCCUUGAUUCUCGACCAGUCACAGUAGAGCACAACGAUCGACGUUUGCAAGAGCAGACGUUACCGUGGCGAUAGCAGCUUAAUGGAAUGCCGUGGGACUGGCCCGAGCCAAUCAGAUAAGCUUUGGAUUCAGUCCCUAAAAAAAAAAAUGCACCCUGGCUACUUCAUCGACUGUCUCAAUGGAUCAUGGGUUGAAUGCUAGGAUAGAAGUGAACUGCACCAUGGGAAUAGUAGUUUGACGUGAUAAUGGACACAGCCCUGUACACGUUAUUUUUUCUCUUGUGUUUCCCAGUUUUCAAAAGUCAAAUCUAGUUUAAUUUCCCUUUACUAUGCCCUUGUGAUAUAUCAGGUUUGUGAUGGUCAAUUUGAUGCCCAUUUAGAUUAAGGGCAUUUAGCAGACAUUUAGCAAAGCGACUUAAAAUAAGUAGAUUUGUCAGAAGAACCAGGUGCCAAGCGCUAACCAUCAUUAGGUACCACGGUUGAUACGGCUAUGUUAAGAUAUUGUGAUUCUAGAACCAUCGCUUAAUUUGAAAUAAUCGAACGAUUUAGAACCGGUCUAAUCCGGAAUCAUGACGCAGCUUGGGAGAAGGGAGAAGGAGGUAUUCGUCAAAGUAUUUAUUUGAAGACGACAGCGACUCCGAUAACGGCGGGGCCCGCAUUAAACGGGAAUGGUCGUGCUCAGAGCGAGGCGGCGGCCGUUCCGCGGCGAUGGAGGUGAGAGAUCAGCCCAGCCGGGGGAUAACGGGCCGUGAUGGCUUCAUAAUGCACUAACAGGGCCCCAGUGGCUCAUGGGUAAUGGAGCAAAGUGGUUGCUAAGUGACUCGGCGGCGCCGUCGCACCUGUGACUAUGAGCCGGGCUCCGCUCCGUUAAGACCAACCGGCGUGUGGCCGUCCGUCCGGCCGCCGGCUGGAACCGGUCUGGAACGCAGCGGUUAAAAGGAGCGCCGUUGACGGUUUAGCAAGAGGCGUCUCGCGGAACAGACUGGGAACGGAGUAUGAUAUUAAUAAGCAUGUUUUAAUUAGUGUAUCAUAUCAUACGAGAGAGAGUCAUAAUGUUUCAUACAAGCGAGAGAGAGAGAGAGACAUAUCAUGCCUACGACAUAUCAUACGAUAUUAGGUUUUUAUUCGCCGAUAUUCAUAAUUUUUCAAUUUGAUUAUUUUUAUGAGGUUGACAAGCUGGUCUUGAAAGUUAUAUUUUCUGAAUGAUUGAUAUUGUAUAGAAUAGUAAUAGUAAUUAUUUUAUAUUAGAUAUAUAUUAUAUACAUUUAUUUUAAAUGAUUAAGCAUACACCGACAAUCUAUGGCUGGAACUGUGAUUUAUUUUUGUAUGAUAUGUAUAUUGUUAUGUUAUACCAAAUUAAUAAUAAGGAUGGCUGAUGAACUGGGGAUGUUAGCUAUUUCUUUAGUCACUUUACUGUCAGGUGUUUUUGUAACAGACUACGUGUAGAAAUGUCACCUACCGUAAUAUCACAAAUCAAAUCGAAUAUGAUUACAUAAUGUCACAGGAUCUAAUUUAACUCAAUAAAUAAAAUAAAUAUGAAUAAUAUAAUAAAACGAUUUUGUUGAAGUCUGGAUUGUCUAAAAUAGCCCAACGUUAAAGGUCAUCUGAAUUAAUUCAUUUGUAGAAUGCUUCCUUAAUCUGAAUGCAAAUCAAGGUAUUCGCGCUCUCUCUUUAUAUCUCUUUCAACUAUAAACACACAUGG